AUGGAAAAAACUUUUAUUUAAUCAUGUUUUGAAUAAAACAUUGAAAAAAUAAAUUAAAUUUUAAUCGAAAAUAAUCACUAAUUUUUAUUAAAUAAUAUAAAAGACUCAAAACAAUAUAAUUGUUUGCAUUAUGCCUGUUUUUAUGAUAACAUAGAAUUAUUUGAUAUAUUGUUUUGCCAUUUAGAUUUCUAAAUAUAAAAUAAUAUUAUCCAAAAAAUAUAAGUUAAAGAAUUAUCUGAAGAAUAAAAUUACGACUAAUAUACUCCUUUUCAUAUUGCAGCAUAUAAAGGAAAUUUAAAAAUGAUUCAAAAAAUGCUUUCUUAUAAAAUAAAUUACCUAGUAUUGGCUAAAGGUGGAUUAAAUGUAUUACAUUUAGCAGCAUAAGGAAAUUAACCAUAAAUUAUACAUUAUUUUGUAAAACUUGGAAUGGAUAUUAAUAAAAAAACUAAUUCAGGGGGUACUCCUUUACAUUAUGCUUGCUUUUCAAGAUCAGAAGAAACAGUACUUUAUUUAAUUCCGAAUGGAAGUAAUAUAAAUCAAUAAGAUAAUGAUGGAAAUACUCCUAUACAUUUUAUUGCAAAUUAAGGUUAGUGUCCUUAUUUGGCAAUUAAAAUGAUUAAUAAAGGGGCUAAUCCUUAUAUUAAAAAUAAUUAAUAGAUUGAUGCAGUACAAAUUGCUUUUUAGAAAAAAGAUAAAUAAAUUUAUAAUAUUUUAUAGUUGAAAAAUGGAUUUUUGGAAUAUAUUCAUUUAAAAAAACCUAUAAAUCCUGUAAAAAAAACACAUAUUCCAUUAUUUAUUUUUCUAUUUAUAUAUUUAUCAAUGACUUCUUUUAAUAUUUUGUUUACAUUUCCAUAUGAUUUAUUUUUAAUAAUAUUAUUUUUAUUGUUUUUUAUUUUGAGUUUUUUUUCAUUUAUUUUUAGUUGUCUUAAAAAUCCGGGAUAUAUAUCACUAAAUAACCAAUAACAUACAUUAGAAUAUUAAUUAUAAUGUUUAUAAAAAUAUAAAGAAAAUAAAUAAAUUUGCUAUGAUUGUAUUAUUAUAAAGCCCUUAAGAUCAAAACAUUGUGAUUUUUGUUAAAAAUGUGUUAUUGUAUAUGAUCAUCAUUGCCCUUGGGUUAAUAAUUGUAUUGGAGCAAAAAACUAUUUUAUUUUUUUCAUAUUUAUAAUUACACUUUUUAUUUAUUUUAUGAUUAUUGCUAUUUAAUGUUGUCUAUGUAAUUUUUAUUAUAUGUAUUUAUAACUAGUUUUUUUUCUUUAUAAAAAAAAAAAAGAUUUUGAUAAAAAUUAAGUUAAUAGAUUCGGAUUAGAAUUAAAUUAAAAAAUAUAUAUUUUUUGCAUAAAAUUAAUUGUAUUUAUUCAAUUGUUUUAGGAAUUUUUAUUGAUUUUUUACUUUUGUAAUUUUAUUUUAUUUUAAUGUUAUUUUAAUUUAAUUAAUUAAAAAAAAUUAUAAUUAAUAUUUUUUUUUAAUAAAAAAGAAUUCUUAUAAAUGUCUAAAUAUAAAAUAUUUUGUAAGGAAAAACUACAUAUGAAAGGAUGA